UCUUCUAUUGUUGCUUUCAAGAUCCGAGUAUAAAAGAGUGUUCUUUGUACUAGACUUCACCAACUUCGCUUCCUUCUAUUAUUGCUUUCUAGAUCUGAGUAGUAAGGAGUGUUCUAGCCCUUGUUCCUUCACUACUUUUUGUCCUUCACUUCAGGUUUUGAUCAUGGCAGCCGAACUUGUAGCUGGUGCUUUGCUUUCUGCUUCACUUCAGGUUUUGUUUGAACGAUUGGCCUCUGAGGAGAUACCCCAGCUGUUCCAGGGGAAGAAGCCGAUUCUAGACCAGCUAUACGAGUUGAAGACCAUGUUGUGGUCAGCUCAUGCACUGCUCAACGAUGCUGAGGAGAAGCAACUUCGAAACCAGGAGGUCAGGAGGUGGCUUAUCGAGCUUCAAGAUGUGAUCUAUCAGGCUGAUGACUUGGUGGACAGGAUUGACUAUGAAGCUCUGCGAUCCAAGCUUGAAGAUGAUCAAUCUAGCAGCAGCAGUGCCAGCAAGGUACUCAUGAAAUUUAUGCCACCCUUUCUGUCCACAUUUGAUAAAACUGUGAAGCUUGAUUCCAUGGAGAUCCUUCGUAAGCUAAAGAUCCUUGUUGAUCAAAAAGUUGCUCUUGGCCUGAGAGAAGGUGCUCAGAACAAACCUUCGCCAAGGCCACCAGCUCCUUUGGUAGAACAUGCUGAUGUUUAUGGGAGGGACACUGAGAAAAAAAUCAUUGUUGAUCAGUUGCUGAAAGAUGAUGUUGAUAGUGGUAGUUGCAUUUCUGUUAUCCCGAUUGUUGGAAUGGGCGGUCUUGGCAAAACCACUCUUGCUCAAGUUGUUUAUGACGAUGAUAGAGUACAAAAGUAUUUUGAGCUAAGAGUAUGGAUUACUGUGUCGGAUGAGUUUGAUAUUUUGAAGAUAACAAAGGAGAUUUUUGAGGGGGUCACCACCAACAAAUGUGGUACUGAAAACUUCGACGAACUUCGAAGGAAAUUGAAGGAAGCAUUGAGGGGGAAGAAAUUUUUAUUUGUUCAUGAUGAUGUUUGGAACGAAUCUUAUUCUUUGUGGGACACACUGAAGAGUUCUUUUGAGUCUGGAGCAAAUGGAAGUAAAAUUCUUGUGACUACCCGAAGCACAAUUGUCGCGUCUACUAUGGCCACUGGGCAGGUUCAUUAUCUACAAACUUUGUUGAAUGAAGAUGGUUGGCAGUUAUUUGUGAAACAUGCUUUUGGAAAUAAUUUUGACCAGAAUAGCAACAGAGAUCUGCAAGCACUUGGUAGAAAAAUAGUGGAGAAGUGCAAAGGCCUUCCUUUAGCAAUAAAGUCUCUUGGUGGAUUACUGCGCUGUGAACAAAAUCCUAAAAAAUGGGAAGACAUACUUGGCAGUGACACAUGGGAGGAAUUGUACAAGAAAGAGGGCUCCAUUCUUCCAGCUUUAUGGUUGAGCUAUCGUCACUUACCUACACAUCUCAAACAAUGUUUUGCUUAUUGUUCCCUAUUUCCCAAAGACUAUGAAUUUGAUAGAAAAUCUUUGAUUUUGUUAUGGAUGGCUGAAGGGUUUUUGCCAAUGGAUUCAAAAAGUAAAAAGAUGGAGGAAUUUGGAAAGGAAUACCUUGAAGAUCUCUUAUCAAGGUCAUUCUUUCAAUGUUCGAGUAAGAAGGCACCCUUUCUCCAAAUGCAUGACCUCGUACAUGAUUUAGCCAUGCUUGUAUCAGAGGAUUUUUGCUUCAGGUUGGAUUUGAGUAGUGAUGUGCAUAGCCUUCCAACAAAGAUUCAUCAUCUGUCAUAUAGGAAAAGCUCUUACGACCUCGACAAACUUAAGGGUUUGAGUAAGGCUAAUUCUUUGCGUACCUUGCUAGCAUUACCAUUGCAGUUACUAGGUAGACGAAGAUGUCAUUUAGUCUCGUACAAUGUAUUGCUUACAAAGGGAAGCUGUUUAAGAGUGCUUUCUUUAAGUGAAUCUUCUAUCAAGGAGUUGCCGGAUUCAAUUGGUAGUCUAAUACAUUUAAGGUAUUUGGACUUGUCUCGUACUGAAAUCGAAGAGUUACAUGAGUCAGUUUGUAGUUUGUACCAUUUACAAACUUUAUUGUUGUCGCAGUGUAGAGAGCUUUCUCAAUUACCAAGGAAUAUGGGAAGACUGAUCCACUUGCGUUACUUAGAUAUUACUGGUGUGCCUUUGAAAAAGAUGCCGCAAGGAAUCAGCCAGAUGAAAUACUUGCAACUCUUACCAAAGGUAGUAUUGAGUGACAAACAUAAGGAUGACGUGUUCAAAAUUACAGAGCUAGCAGAGCUUGAACAUCUUCGCGGAAAGCUUUGCAUAUCUGGUCUGGAAAAUAUUAAUGAUGCGACGGAGGCUUCAAAGGCUAAUUUAAAGGAUAAGAAGGGCCUUACGAAACUAACUUUGACCUGGAGCUAUGAUGCUGUUGAUGCUGAUAGUUCGCAAAAAGAAUUAGACGUGCUUGACGCCCUUCGACCACAUACAAGCUUGAAGAGUCUGGAGAUUGAAAGUUAUAGAGGCACAACAUUCUCGAACUGGAUUGCAGAUGAUGCAUUUUCUAAUUUAGUAUCGAUUGGUUUGAGCAAUUGUAAAAGCUGCUGUUAUUUACCACCACUUGGACAACUAGCUUCUCUCAAAGAUCUCCAUAUUUAUGGAUGUGAUAGUGUGUAUUCAAUAGGUGAUGGGAUCGAUAGCAGUGGUCCUCUAUUCACUUGUUUAGAAAGUUUACAUAUUUCGAAUAUGUUGACGUGGAAAGAAUGGUCAUUUGGUACCGAAGCUAUUCUUCAAGAAGGUCAAGUGUUCCCUCUUCUAAAACAAGUUUGGCUGGAUAAUUGUCCCAAGCUUAAUGUUGGCUUACCCGGAUAUCUUCCAUCAUUAGAAAAACUCGAUAUAAAUGAUUGUGAUGAAAUGAAGGAUUUGAUUCCGAGAACUCAACAGACUGUCACAGCCCCACCCUUUCUUCAUCGAGUACGUAUAUCGAAUUGUCCUGUGUUGGAGUCACUUUUAAAUUGGGGAUCACACUCCAAAGUAAAGACACUUUCACUAUCGAACACAAAAGUGCUUUUUGAGAAUCGUAUUAAAUGGGAUCUACAGAAACUCUCAUGUUUGGAACACAUAAGGAUCGAAGGAUGGGAAGAUGAUUCGUUUCCCGACGAAGGGCUCCUUCCGAUCACUCUUAAGGGAAUUGUGAUCGAAGAAUCUAGCAAACUUGAGACCCUAAAUGGAAAGGCUUUUCGACAACUAACAUCCCUUACGUCCUUGAAAAUUAUAAGAUGUAAUAGUCUCCGGUGCUUGCCAGAAGAAGGGCUGCCUACUUCUCUGACUCAUUUAUCAAUACAGAGAUGUCCUUUGCUAAAACAAAGAUGUGAAAAAGGAGGAGAAGAUUGGCCUAAGAUUCAACACAUCACAAAAGUGGAAUUGGGUUAUAGACUUGUCAAUUAAAUCAUGCAGUGAUCUAUAUGUAUUCAGAUGAUCAAUGGGUCGGAUGAGUUGAAGGAAUGAACUAUAUCGAAUGCGUGUAAAGUUGAUGAUUUGGUGGAGUAUCUUUGUGGCCACGUAGAACUAUUGUGAUAAAUAAGUUUUGUAUUUUUCUUAAUUCUUGGAGCAUGUAUCACAUCUUUAAGCAGCAGGGCAGUAUUUCUAUUGCUCCUAUGUAUGGGGUAAUUUGGUUACUUGGCGAAGUAAAAAGCAACAGGUGGUUGCUCGCAGUAGUGCAGAGGCUGAAUUCCGUGCUUUAGCUCAUGGAAUUUGUGAAGGGAUCUGGAUAAAAAGACUGUUGGAUGAACUUAGAAUCAAUGUAGAAGACUCCAUAGAAAUGAUGUGUGAUAAUCAAGCUGCUAUUGCCAUAGCCAAAAAUCCAGUCCAUCAUGAUAGAACAAAACAUGUGGAAAUUGAUAGACAUUUUAUAAGUGAGAAAAUUGAAGGCAGAGUAAUCUCACUAAAGCAUGUUCCUUCUCGUUUUCAGAUUGCUGAUAUUCUUACUAAGGCUCUACAUCGUCCAAAUUUUCAGGAUCUGAGUUCCAAACUUGGUUUGACAAGCAUAUAUCGUCCAUCUUGAGGGGGAGUGUAGAAUAUCAAGAUGUCGCUUCAUAUUCAAGUGUAUUUAUUACUGCUUUCUUUUCCUAUUUACAGCUGUAUUUUAUUUUCCUAGGUAUCGUUUCCUCUUCUGUAUUAAUUAGCUGCUUUGUAUGUGUAUAUAUGUACCCCUAUUCUCUAUGAAAAAGAUACAGAAUAAAAUUAUUCUUUUACCACAGUAAGCUUCAAAAUUAUUGGAAUUUUUUGAAUUACAAGAUGAAGAAUAUUUUGACAGCUAAGAAUAUUCUACCAUUAGAAUAUCUGUACUAUACAAUCAUCAAAAUGUUUUGCCACUCCACAUAUCAGGAUAGUGGUCCCCUUACGAAUAUUUUUAUGUUAUUCUUUAUCCAAUAGCAUUUCAUUCAGCACAAUUCUUUCUGUGUAUAUAUAUGGUACUCGGUACCUUUGUAAUCCUUGAGUUGAGCAAUACAAUUACAGAGGUAUAUUUUAGUAUAUUCAAAAUUCUCCUUUUUCAUCUAGUUUAAUAUAGCUUGACCAUUAGUUUUUAAUUAGUCAAUUAUUUUGCAGCAAAUUUCCUCCUUUCUAACACAUUUUCUUUUGGCAUUGCAUCCAAAAAUCAAAGAAAAUUAAACGACAACAAGGAACCUGGAUAUGAAAGUGAAAAUUUUGGAAAACGACUGCAAUAUAUGGCUGCUUAUGAUGGAAUUUCCAGUGCAUGGACAAGAAGCAAAGCUGUGGCAAAAAUGAACACACCAUGUUUUUUUUCUAAAGAGUGUUGAACUGAAAACAGUGCUCCAAUGACACAAUUCCACGAAAUGAUUAGGAGAUUAAUCAAAAUGGCAAAACUAAUGAGAUGGUCAAGUGUACUUGGAUUCUGGCUCCACCCUCAAAUGGAUAUUCCUCAAUCAAAAUCAAGAUGCUUGACUCAUUUUCUUGUUUCAUAUCAAACUGGAUACCAAAACUGGCUAUGUGCUCAGAUUGGAUUGCCUCCACUGGAGAACUGGAGAUACAGGAUGUACGAAGAGAGCAUCAAGAAUAUAAAAGAAAUGCGAGAUGGAUACAAGGACCAGUGGGAUGAUACUUACUGGCAGGGAAUCAUCAAGACAGGAAGCAGAAGCGCCUCUGAAUGAACAUGCCUUAAAUUCUGAAGUUAAAUCUGAGCUACUAUCUACUUCCUUCGUCCAACUUUGGAUUAUUUCAUCUUGUAUUGUGGAGCUUACUCAUUUGAGGUUGUUAUAUCUUGUCACUUUCCUGCAUUGGUGAUUUGAGCUGGUUUAAGGACCAACACCAUGAAUAAUCCAUUUAGUCACCAGUAAUUGAACCUGACAAAGAAUUCCCUUUAAAUGAACAGGACUACAUCAACACCGAGCCAUGAAUUAUCAAAGAGACGUUGGAUUGAACCAUAAACUGCCUAUACUGAACCAUGAAGUGCCCAUAUAAUUAGUGUUUCAGGAGAUCAGAGUUUCCAGGAUCAACAUUGUGUGUGUAUGUUAAUAUAUGUGUAAAUUUGAUGCUUGGUUUUGGUUCCAGUAAGAGCUCAUAUAUCUGUUGAGGGGUCAGGCUACUUGAUUCAAGUCACUUGAUAAUUUAUACUCUUGCAUCAGAGUGAUUCUUGAUGCCUUUUUUGUGUGCCUUAAAGCUCUCUCAUGUUCUCACUUUGAGAGUCAUCUUACUUUA